UUGGAAUUGGUUGACAGUCGAUAAACAAACACAUGGACUAAACCAAAGAGAAUAUAGACAUUAGACAUUGCGUUGAACGCAUAACCUAAAAAUAUUUUUCCGCGGGGGGCAAUCAAAACACACGUGUGUUGCCCCUGGAAAAUGAGAAUAAAAUAAAAAUAUCAAAAUGAGUAAGUUAUACGUGUUGUUCGAACACAGCGCGGGGUUCGCGCUAUUUCGUGUGGCAGAGUUUGAGGAGCUCUCAGCGUUUCUGCCUCAAGUUGAGGAGUCGGUGACCGAUCUGCAGAGGUUCAACUCCGUGGUAACGCUGAUUGCAUUCCAGCCGUUCAAGUCGGCCGUGGUCGCUCUUGAGAAUAUCAACGCUGUUUCUGAAGGUAUCAUUCCUGAGGAUCUAAACUUGUUCCUGGAAGGUGCCCUGCCCAAAAAGAAGAAGAGAGGAAAAUGCACUCUUGGUGUACUGGACCCCAAGCUCGGAGCUGCUAUCAGCGAAGCUCUAGAGAUACCAUGCUCACACACCGGUGCUGUGCCAGAAAUAUUAAGAGGUAUCCGCCACCACUUCCACGCGCUGAUCAAGGGUCUGACCCUCAAGGCGUGCAGCGUCGCGCAGCUCGGUCUCGGCCACUCCUACUCCCGCGCACGUGUCAAGUUCAACGUGCAUAGAGUGGACAACAUGAUCAUCCAGUCCAUAGCACUGCUCGAUCAGCUUGAUAAGGAUGUCAACACAUUCUCCAUGAGGAUUAGAGAGUGGUAUUCGUACCACUUCCCAGAGCUUGUAAGCAUUGUUCCCGAGAACCACUUGUACACAAAGUGUGCUGAAUUCAUAAAGGACCGUAAAACCCUCUCAGAAGAGUCAUUGGAGCCGCUCACAGAGAUCCUUGGUGACUCCGAAAAAGCUCAAGCUGUGGUGGACGCCAGCAAGAUGUCAAUGGGCAUGGAUAUAUCACCUGUAGACCUUAUUAAUAUACAGAUGUUUGCUGGCAGAGUUGUUGCACUUAGUAAUUACAGAAAACAAAUAGCAGAGUAUCUCCACUCUAAGAUGAACUCUGUGGCGCCUAACCUGACGACGCUAGUGGGCGACCAGGUGGGCGCGCGGCUUAUCUCUAAGGCUGGUUCCCUUACCAGCCUUGCCAAGUACCCGGCAUCCACAUUGCAGAUCCUCGGUGCUGAGAAAGCUUUGUUCAGAGCAUUGAAGACUCGCUCGAACACGCCCAAGUACGGUCUCCUGUACCACUCGACGUUCAUCGGCCGCGCGGGGCUCAAGAACAAGGGCCGCAUCAGCCGCUACCUCGCGAAUAAGUGCUCCAUAGCGUCUAGGAUCGAUUGCUUCUCAGAAACACAGUCAACGGUAUUCGGUGAAAAACUAAGGCAGCAAGUUGAAGACCGUCUUAAGUUCUAUGAGACUGGGGACAUUCCCAAGAAGAACAUAGAAGUGAUGAAGGAGGCGCUCGAUGAGCUCCAGCAGGUGGUAGAGGCGGAGGCCAGUGCCAAGAAAAAGAAAAAGAAGAAGAAGAAGGAAGAGAAACAAGAGGAAGUAGCAAUGGAUGAAGAUUAGUGUUAGGUUGAAGUGUGCAUAUUGAGUUUUUGAAAAUAUGUUGACAAAUAUUUUAAAUCUAUAAGGAAUAUUACUCGUAUUACAUACGUAAUAAGGUUAUUUUUUAUCAGAAUGAAAUGUCAAAAUAUUUUUUAUUUGAAUUACAGAAGUGGUAAAAGUAUGCUGUGAUGGUAAUUUGACGUCACCGCCAUAUGAAUCCAGCGUGCAAUAGAUAUGCAGGUUUUGCACAUUUUAUUCCAUCGACAUUGUUUCUAUGCGCAAUGUCAAAGUAAAUUUUUUUUUUUUAGAAAGUCAAUGUGCACACGCUCUUUCAGAAAUGGUCAAAUAUAUUUUUAGGAGUGAUUGUUGGUGCAGUGUUUUAGCACAUUUUGUGUAAGUGUAUUGUAACUGACUAUAUUUUCCAUUACGAUGAUUACACUAAUUUUAAGUUUUA